UGGCACGCCUAGAACAUCAACACUUCAUGGAGUUCGUUCAUUAACUAUCAAAAACAUAAAGCUAUGAAUUCCCCUCUUGGGAUAACUUUCGUUCCCCUCAUCGAUAUAUGUGGUAGAACAAAGAUUGUACCAAAAAUGGUUAGUUCGGUGGUUUGAUGCUUCGAUCUUUUCUCUUAAAUCUUCUUGAUUCCUAUGUAUUCAUUGAUUUCUUCAAUCUAGUUUCAGAUUUCUUUAAGUUUGUAUGUGAUUUCUUUUGUUAGAUAUUUAGAUCUAUAUCUGUUGAUGGUUUAAAUUUUUACUAACUUUCUCCUUGUUUUCUUUUUCUGGUGUUUUCAUGGAUAACCAAUCCUUUUGAUUCGCGGUACUUGUUGAUUUCAGUAGUGUAUCAGUUGUGGUCUUUUAAGGAAGCAAUGGUGCAUUUUUGGAUCCUCCUUUACUCAUUUGGAACAUUAGUGUUUCUCAUAUUUUAGAAUAUUACUAUGUUCAACUCCAUUAAUGGCUAUAUCUCGCUUUUUACUGUGGUAUCCUUAAUGAGGAUCUCCUAUGGGAUGAUCCAUGAAUCUGUAUGACUAUGAUCAAUCAAUCUAUCAUCUAUUACCAACUCCACAACCAUGAAAUUAUCCAGUUCAAAAUCUAUGAAACUAAGGGCUUGUUUGGUGAAAAGUUAUCUUCUAGGGAGCAAUUAUAGCUUUUUCAAAAUUUUGAAAACUACCUGCCUAAAUUACAUCCCUAUAUCUCAGUAGAUUUUCAUAAACAACCUUGCUUGAAUAUCUCAACAAAUUUUCAGAACCUUGGAAAUAUUCUCUAUAAACAACGAAAUAAUCAGCCAAACCUUAAACCUAAUUACCUCUAUAUAUUUUUCAGCAUUGAACCUAAAACCAUUCACCCAUUAAUACCGCGCUCCUCUCUGGGAAAUAAUAGUACCUCCUUUCUGUCAAAAAUGUCUCAAAGUUCAAGACUGCAAAUGGUUGCUUUAACUAGGAGACUGUAAGAGUCAAAUCUGGGUAUGAACCAGCUGAACUGUGCAAGAGGAUGCUUGAUCUCUACGGAAGAAAUAGAUGUAGCUGCAAAAAAAUGGUCCAACAGUUUGUUAGGAAAGUUAAUCUUAAAAGACGACAUCGCUUUUGAUAAAAUUCAGCAUGACAUGAACAUUAUCUGGAGAAGGCAUAGAUGGGUGGAAAUACACAUGAUGAGCAAGAAUCUAUUUGUAUUCAAAUUAAAAACGGCGGAUGAUAUGAAUGUUGUGCUUGAAAAAGAGCCUUGGAUCAUUUUUGAACACCUUAUGGUCCUGAUAAAUUAUAAUAACUAGAUACCAUUGGAGAAUUACGAGUUUACUCAUCAGGUUUUCUCAGUCAUGUUCAAAGGGCUUUCACUGGAACACGUAGAUGAUGGAAUCAUUGACAAACUUUGUCAAGACACUGGAAGAAAAAUCGCUAAAGAUGGAGGUAAAGGCUACACUAAAAGAGGAAGGGUGAUCAUUGCAAAAAAUGAAGUUGAUCUUAGUCAACCUCUCAAAAGGGGGACUUGGAUUCUAACGGCUGCUAAACAAAAAGUCUGGAUAAGAUACCAUUAUGAAAAACAACCUAGGAAAAUCUGCCCAGACUGCUUCGUAAUUGAUCAUAAUGAAGAAUUAUGUGAGGAACGUGCAUGGAAUAUUUUCAUCUUCGGCAUGACAGAACCAUCAUUUCAAGAAUUUUAUGCCAAACAUGCUCAUUUGGUGAAAAAAGUGCAAGAGGGUGAGACUGUUUCUGAAACUCGGCUUGUUAACUUAGGUGGAAAUGGGUUUGACGAACCGGAAGAAGAUGAAUCCAACCCGAGAAAGUACAAGAGGAGUAGAGGCCCGAGAAACUAUGUUCUUCUAGAAAUGAAUUCUCAAAGACCUAACUCUAACUUAGGUGAGAUGUCACAACUGAUUAUCAAUGGUAGAGGCUGUCAAUCUGAGAUCGAGGGUACUAGCCAUGGAGGUUAUGAUUUGAACAUGGAAGAUGUUGAGAAUGGAGUUGGAGAUCCAAAUGAAACGUUGUACCAUCUCCCUGCUACUGUCUCAAGCACAAGUACAACAAAUCAGGUUCAGGUAACUUCAAGGGGUGAAAAACAAUCAGAGGCUUACCAAGGAAUGCAGAGGAGGCGGAGAGUCUAGCAGUGUUUGAAGCCAUUAAAUGGGCAAGAAGUAAGAACCCGAGCUUCAUCAGCCUCUAUAGUGAUGCAAAGAAAGUUAUGGAUUACCUAGAGAAUAAAAACAACAAUCUUUGUUGGUUCAGUAAAACCAUUUUAGAUGAUUGAUAUGUUAUGUUAGAUUUCUUCUCAUUUUCUAAAA